AGACAUAGGUAGAGUGGUGGUACCGACCCGAGCGGACUCACAAGAGGUCCUACCACCAGUAAGAACUCAGGUAUGAUAUACCCCACCUCACUCACGCCGGGUUAAGCAUUAUUUUAAACAAUAAAUUACAGUCAACUUGAAUAGCAUUCAAAAUAACGGUUUAAUGUUGUUUCUACUACACUCGAAAAAUAAAUACAGUUUUUUUUAUUACCCUUGAAGGCAGACGGGCAUAUCACUCACCUGAUGGUGAGUGGUUACCUUCGCCCAUGGACUUCAACAAUGCCAGGUGCAGAACCAUUCCUGUUUUGCACCGAUUUAGCAAGCAUUGCGUUGCAUUAAUUAUAAUUAUCAUUGACUAUGUUAGAGGAGCACAAGCCAUCACCACGUAUUCUCAAUUUUAGUCUCCCUCCGCUCUUAAAGUUCUUAAAACUUAUAUACCAAAGUGAAAUGACCGUACCGUAGUGUGUAGUGUUAGGAAGGAAAGUCAAAUAUAUCUUGUUCUUAUAUACCUACGGCUACAGUGUCAUCUUUAGCUGUUACAUCUCUUACUACCCUAUUUAUGAGACUUACAGCAGUAUUUAACUACCCCCUAGCAGCACUCAGAGAAAGAUUGUGCAUACACCAUAAGGCAUACUUCGCUGCCUACCUUGAGACACGAGGACAGAAUUAAAUUGUUUUUAAUAACUUUGGAGGCAGGUGAGUCUUUUCUGUGGCACAUAGAAAUCAGCAGCCAUCUGGGGACAGAUAAACCGCUGCCUACCGCUGAGGAGUAUAUCUAACUUGAUUGUGCCCUUUUCGGAUUUCACGCAGAGAGAAAGUACAUUUCUAGAGCCGAAUCUUAGGUGGCUAAAGUGAUUCCUUGAGACAUGUGCGGACGUACAGCAGUUUCAUGUAGCUGGGAUGAAUAUAAUUUAGUGCAAGUUCAUAGUAAGCCUAUCCAUAACUAAUUCAAUAUAGUUUGAAGAUGCGACGUGCGAUUGUGUUGUGACAAAAAUCGUCACCGAUUCGCACCGCACAAUAUAAAAUAAUAAUAAAGUAUGGUUGUGACAUAUCGCAUUGUUUUACAUGGCAAACAGACGAGAGCUUUGCUUAUCUACCGGUGAGUGGGUAGAUAGGUUUCUGUGAUACUAUUUCCACGUCUCUUGAUAAGCCGGGCUUUUGUACAGUCGAGUUGAAAAGCUGACAGAGGGGUAAGCUUAGACGUCGUCCAAGCCACUAUAUUAAUAAACUAGCGACCCGCCCUCGCUUCGCUUCGGAAACAUUAAAACACACAUGAAACCAAAAAAUAAUAAUAAUAAAAAAACUAAAAAAUUUAAUAAAAAAAAGUAGCCUAUGUUCAUCAGGGACAAUGUCGGCUUCUAAUGGAAAAAGAAUUUUUCAAAUCGGUCCAGUAGUUUCGGAGCCUAUUCGAAACAAACAAACAAACAAAUCUUUCCUCUUUAUAAUAUUAGUAUAGAUGGUGGCCAACCGUGAACACUCAUGAACACACAUCAAUUUGUUUACUUUUAUUGAAACUAAGCACCGUUUCGUUUUUCAGAACUAUUUUUAUUUUCUUUUAUAAUAUUUAUGUAUUUUAAUUUUGCAACGUUUCAGAAUGUAUUAAUUAGAGAAUUUGGAUCUUCUGGAGAAUUAGGAUUCUGGUGGUAGGAACUCCGCACGGGUAAGUACCACCACCCCGCCUAUUUCUGCCGUGAAACAGUAAUGCGUUUCGGUUUGAAGGGUGGGGCAGCCGUGGUAGCUAUACUGAGACCUUAGAACUCAUGUCUCAGAGUGGGUGGCGGCAUUUGCGUUGUAAAUGUCUUUGGGCUCCAGUAACCACUUGUGGCGUUUAAGAAGCUCCGUUUUAUGAUGCGUAAGCCAGAACGCACGAGAGGUGGAAAAAAGAAUAUAGUCUGUGACACGGGACCAUUUUACCGCCGAAAAUAUAAUGUAUGGAACGAAAAAAAAAAGAAUGUGUAUAACUUAGAACUGUAUAAGCCGCUGCAACAAUAAAACUCCUAUUGUUUCAAUUGUGGAGUUAAUUACGAGUGAUCCAAAAACACGAUUUUCCCGCGAAAUAAAGAAGGGACUCUAUACGGACUCUCUCACACUUAACACCAGGUGGGCUAUGAGAUUGUCCACCUAUUAUAGCAAAAAAUAUCUUCACAAUGUGUGAUUUAAGUAGCAUUUUGUGCACGACUGCUCGGUAGAUCGAUCGCGUUUCAUUGCCAUUUAUCGGAGGGGACAGUACUGCUGUUUUAAAGCACGCAGAGGGUCGUGCAGCAGCUGGCCUAGCAUCGCUGACGGUGAGUUCAUUCUCCUGGAGACCGCUCAUGUCCUUUUCAUUUCUUUUGUUGUCCUAGCCUGCCCUUAUUCGUUAUUGCUUAUGUCUUUUUUUUAAUACUGGAUGGCCGGACGUUGAAUGUAUACCAUUCGCUUGAAAUUAUUCAUAUUCACUCAAACAUUAAAAUUGAAGUUAAAAUAGUUAUAAUUCAUAUCGAUUAACGAAACUAAAGGUUAUGGGGAUGUAAUUAGAUUUGUAUAAAUUUUAGAAUUCUAUUAAAAGCCAAUACAAAAAAUCUAUAUAGACAUAAAUAAAAUUAUGUAGAACAUUAAAUCGCAUGAUAGGAGAGUGGAAUAAACAAGUAAAAUAUCAUCGCGAGUUUGCCUGUUUUUUCUGGGGUUCCAACAGCCCUUUUGCUUUUAGACCUAAGGUCUAAAGUUUCGUUUACAUUGAAAUAUUAUACUAACCAUCAAGCAAGAACGAUUUUCGAUAGAAAUGAGAAAGACAGUUAUACCAACUUACAUUUCAAUACCUUUUCAGAUACCAUAAACUUUAUAAAUAGCAUGUAAAAUGCACGGUGGAAUACUUUUUAUAUUAGUUGUCACUGCCACUACCGUAGCAGGACUCGAAUUGACAAUUGACGACUUGCUUCAACAACAGUCCCCAGAGUUAAUAACAGACAGUACCAGCUCUCCUCGACCAGACGAUGGAGCGAUUAGCACACCAAGCGGGAACAUGGGCAGCACUGAUGACGUAGUCACGACUACUGAAGUUGAAACAACUAUAAAACCCUCAGUUACUGACGAAAACGUUUCUAUCACCACCUUGAGGAUAGAAACGGAAGCACCAACCACUGGUCUCACGGAUAGAACCGAGAGUGAGGCACCUAGUAUGGAACAGAACAACCUGAUCGAGACUACACACGGUUUAGUUAGGGGAUUUGAAUGGCACACCACGGGGGACAUUAUCAGCUACAUCGACAUACCUUAUGCAAAAUACACUAAGUAUUUUGAGGAACCAAAGUCUUCCAAUGCUUGGGAAACGACGCAUGAAGUCCGAGAACACAAGUCUCGAUGCCCACAAUUACAAGGAGAAUCAGUUGUGGGUAGUCAAGAUUGCUUGACUUUGAGUAUCUUUGCACCGACUAAUGCCGAAAAUGUCAGUGUUUUAUUCCAUAUACACGAAAGUAACUUUGUCCAGGGCAGUGCUGACCCAGCUCUAUACGGUCCGGAGUACUUAGUGUCCAAAGGGCUCAUAUUAGUUCUACCAAACUAUAGAUUGGGCCCAUUGGGAUUUUUGUGUUUAAGAAACACAAUGGCUCCAGGUAACGCAGCUCUUAAGGAUUUAAGUAUGGCUCUACAGUGGAUAAAGAAUAACAUUGCAAAAUUUGGGGGGAAUCCUGAUACUAUUGUGGUUAGUGGUGAGGGGACUUCUGGUGCGUUGAUAGGCUUUUUGGCCUUGUCGUCUUCUUCAAGGAACUAUUUUGAUAAAGCUAUAACAGAGAGCGGAUCAGUUCUUUCGUAUUGGGCUUUAGACCGAAAUCCCGCAUUGACUGGCGAAAAACUAACCGAAGCAUUGACCAAAAUAGACAACAGUCUUAAUUUGGAAACUGCCGAUAUUCUGACAAUAUUAAGAGCUGCACAAAACAUUCAUUUCCGACCUUGUAUUGAGAAAGGCAAUAAUCCUUUUAUGACUCAAACUCCAUGGGGAAUGAUACGAGAACAGGAAGUCAAUAUAACUUUUAUGAUUGGAUCGGCAAACUACGCUGGCUUGAACGAGGCCUUAGAUCAGAACGAAGCGAGCAUUGAGCAGUUAAAUGAUGAUUUUGCAACUCUGCUACCGGACGAUUUGGCAUUUGGUAGUGAUAUAGAAAGACAAAACGUAGUGAGAAACGUUAGAUCUCAGUAUUUUAUAGAAAAUAAGCCGAUCACGUUAGAAGACCACAUAGAAGGACUUUCACUGUGCUUUACUGAUUCCUGUUUCUUAGGGCCAGCCAUCAGAACUGCCAGAUCUUUGGCUAAUGCGGGAGCUAAAGUCUAUUUCUACGAAUUCAGUUUUACAGAAUUAAUUUCAGAAUCGCAUACUGUAGACAGACCAGUGGAAGGAGCGGUUCGCGGUGAUAUCAGAAACUACGUGUUCACUCAGGAUGGCAGAAUAUUGACUGAAGGAACUGCUGAAAGGGAGGUCGUUGAUAUAAUGGUCGAUACGUGGUUUACUUUUAUUGAAAACGGAAAUCCAGUAGCGAACGAGACGGAUUGGAACCGACUAACUGUGACCGUUCCAGCACAAGAAGAAUGGAUGCAGCUCGGUCCUGAAAUCGGCUUAAAACAAGGACUGCACUUGAGCAGAUUAAAUUUAUGGACUAACAUCUACAACAACUAUUUCAUCGAAAUGCGUAAUAACGUAAAACGACCGAACCUAAAUAUUUACACUGGAAUCGUAUCGCUCAUAACCUAUUUCGGAUUUCGGAGGUUCCGAAUAGCAGAUUAUUGCGUAAUUUAUGUUUUGUUAUCACUCGUCUCCGGUAAUCAAACAAAUCGAGUUCUCGACGUGAUCAUCACUAUGUCACAAAGUGAGGCGCCCAAGCCUCCUCCUCGGUGGGAUGGAGUCUUCGAAGCAACGCAUCGCGUAAAGUGCCCCCAGUUGGACAUCGGAGAUGAAAACUGUCUCGUUAUUAACAUAUUCACUCCAGAAGUGAGUAAUAACUUACCAGUCCUUGUUCAUGUCCAUGGAGGGGACUAUCAGAAUGGAUGGGGAUUUCAUCAACCACCUAUAAACCUAAUUAACAAAGGUAUCAUAAUAGUAACUUUUAACUACCGUAUUGGUGUACUCGGUUUCCUAUGCCUCGGAAUUCCAGCAGCUCCCGGAAAUGUAGGUUUGAAAGACCAGGUUGCUGCUCUUUACUGGAUCCAACAAAAUAUAAAGAGAUUUGGAGGUGAUCCUAAUGAUGUUACAUUGUAUGGAACUGAGGCUGGUUCAAUAUCAAUACAGUUGCUUUUACAAGCACGUCUCAUGAUGGGAUUUCACAAAGUCAUCUUGGAAUCUGGGUCAAUUUUGUCUCCUACAGCUUUGACCUACAAUCCCAUAGCUGAUGCAUUUGCAAUCGGAGAACAAUUAGGAUAUAAUGACACAAAUAACUCACAUAAAUUGCUGAAAUACUUGCGGAAGCUUUCUGUAACAGUACUCUUGGAUGCACAUAAAAUUUCCCUGCCUUGUGUUGAGAGUGUAAAUAAUGCUGAAAGUCUAAUUGAUAAAGAUCCACUGCAACUACUGAAAGACGGACCAAUUGACAAUAUCCCAAUGCUUGUAUCAUAUACUAGAUUAAAAUUAAGACAUAAUUCAGAAAAAUUAAAAACAGUGCCAGAAGAUUUUGUUGAUUUACUUCCAAGCAACUUAGAAUUUACCAAUGAUGGAAUUAGAUAUAAGAUUUCAGAAUUAAUUAAAGAUUUUUACUUCUUUAAAGACAUUGACACUUCUAGCAGUUAUGAGAAUUAUUUAAAUGAUGUCUUAAUGGUGUACCCAACUGUUAAAUAUGCUGUUCUUUAUGCUACGAAAAAUUAUUUUAAUGUAUAUCUUAUGAACUUUAAUUAUGAGGCAGAUGCUGAUGUCUUGUCUGAACAAAAUAAGAAAUUAGUUGAUUUCAUUUUUGGGGAAAAUGACCUAAAUUACAAUAAGAACAAUGAAGCUAUACAAAAAUUAACAAAUUUAUUUAGCAAUUUUAUUAAAUUAGGAGAUCCAAGUCCCUUAAUUACAGAAGCAAUACCAGUCAUAUGGCAACCUGUCGUGGGUGAUGAACAUAGGCAAAUACGAACAGCAGUCGAACUUGUUUUUAAAGAUACUUUGAAGCUCAAAGAGCUUUCCUCAAAGCAGGAAUUGAUGUUUUGGGAUAGUAUUUAUGAUAAAUUUUAUAAAACACAUAAAGCUCUUAAUGAAAAUUAAAUAUUAACUAGAUGAUUUUUUUUGACAUUCAACAUUAUAUUUUGUUAAUAUUGAACAAACUGUUUAUAGUUCUCGUUAUGUUAAAAAUACCGAAUUUGCAAAAUGUUUAGAAUAAUAUCAAUGCAAUGACAUCUUAAAAUAUAAUAGAUAUAUUAUAAUUUAUAUGACCUACAUUUUACUGAGUUAGAAAGUUUAAGAUAUGUGCGAGGUAGAAGAAGCAAUGAUUGUUGAAUAAGAAUAUACUUUAGGUACAUUACAUUAUUUGAUUGUUUUGUAAUACACUUUUAUGUAAAUUAAAGCAAAAGUAUUUACAAAA